CCGACGCCCAAACCUACCCACCCAUCCCUUGUAGCUCUCUGCAACCCCGAUCCUCAACCCUCACCUCAUCCCCAAAGCAAUAAUUUCUUCAUUCUCCUCCUCCAUCGCUCUCCUUCUGAGACUACAGAGUUGGAAAGAAGCUCCUCUUUCAUUCAGCAUCGUUGAUCUGAUCGAAGAUAUUCUUAUGGAGAAUCCUUCACAUCACUCAAAUAGUUCAAGUUCAUCAUCAUCAAGUGAAGAUGAAGAUACAAAGUUAGAAGUGACAAGAGUUUUAAAAAAAAGAUUGGUUGUGUUGUUGCUCAAAUUAUUGAGUGACUCAUCCAUUAAUAAGGAACGAGUCUCUACUUCAUCAUUUACAGGUUCACUUUUCAUUCAAGAGCUUUUAAAUGGUUCAUCUAGCACAUGUUAUGAACUAAUGCGGAUGGAAAAACAUGGAUUUAUUUCUCUAUGUCACAUGUUUCGAGAAAAAGGAUGGCUUGUUGACAGUAAACAUUUGAAUGUUGAAGAGAAAAUGGCCAUGUUUCUUAUGACUAUUAGUCAUAAUCUUCGGAAUCGAUUGAUUAAGAAUAGAUUCCAACACUCAAGUCAAACAAUUCAUAAAUACUUCCAUGAGGUUUUAGUGGCCAUGGUGAAUUUCUCAAAAGAGAUGAUUACUCCUCCAUCAUUCAAUGAUAGUUCAAAUGGUAUCUCCAAUUGUCAUGGGAGAGGAGAGUGUUUUCAAAAUGUUAUGGCACUUUGUGAUUUUGACAUGAUAUUUAGGUUUGUUGUUGUUGGAUGGGAAGGAACAGCUCAUGAUUCAAGAGUCUUGACAGAAACUAUCCGUAACCCGCAACAUAAUUUUCCAAUGCCCCCAUCAGAAAAAUAUUAUUUAGUAGAUGCAGCAUACACACACACUCGAGGUUUUAUGGCACCAUAUCGUAAUGUGCGCUAUUGGUUGAGUGAUUUUCGUAGUGGUGGUAAAGCUGUAGGAAAAGAGGAGAUAUUCAACCAAUGCCAUGCAAGAUUAAGAAAUGUCAUUGAACGUGCUUUUGGUGUUGUUAAGGCGCGUUUCCCAAUAUUGAAGAGAAUGGCACCUUAUUCGUUUACUACUCAAACAAAAAUUGUCAUGACAUGCUUCUCCAUUCACAAUUUUCUUCGACAAAUCUUAGUUGCGGAUAGAUUAUUUUCUGAAUAUGACAAUGAAGUGGAAUUGGAAAGUGACAAUGCAAAUCAAAAUCAAAACUCAAAUACAAGCAGUUUUUUUGCAACAUCUGAUCAAGAAUUCAUGCAACAGUUCCGAGACCAAAUCGCAAAUGAACUCUUUCAAGUGUUUAGUUAA